AUUUUUUGAAACAUAUUAAUAUUUUUUUGAAGCUUUUGUAAAAAAAGAAACAAAUAUCGUGUUUAACUCUUUAGGCCUAGAAUUACCGAUUGAUAUUGGUGGCCGUCUCGGAGUUAUAUGUCGGAGACAUCGUUAUUUCUAGAAAUCACGAGCUAUUGGUAUGUAUUAUUCAUUAAAUAUUUUGAAUAUUUUCAUUUAAAGCAUUUCCUUUUCGAUCAUAUAAUUUCUCAAAAUUCCUAUAUCAUCAUGUCUCAACACAGAUAUCGUUAUAAAAAUAUUGGUUUGGAUGCCCAAGAGCUUCGAAGACGCAGGGAAGAAGAGGGUGUUCAAUUAAGGAAGCAAAAGAGAGAGAGUGAGUUAUACAAACGGCGAAACUUAACGAGUACGGACGAUAAUAUACAAGAUGGAGAAAUUUCAACUUCUAUGAUGCAAGAUGACUGUCCUUCAUCUGCACCUCAAGCUGGAAUCACAAGUGAAAUAAUAUCAGCUUUGUAUAGUGAUGAUGUUCAGCAGCAAUUGUUUGCAACACAGAAAUUCAGAAAACUUCUUUCUAGAGAGCCAAAUCCUCCAAUUGAUGAAGUCAUUCAGACAGGAAUUGUUCCCCGUUUUGUGGAGUUCUUGAAACAUAAUGAAAAUUCUACUCUUCAAUUUGAAGCUGCUUGGGCAUUAACAAAUAUAGCAUCUGGUACUUCUCUACAAACCAAAAUUGUUAUAGAAGCAGAAGCUGUACCUGUAUUUAUACAAUUACUUGACUCUGAGUAUGAUGAUGUUCAAGAACAAGCCGUAUGGGCUCUGGGCAACAUAGCUGGUGACAGUCCUGAAUGUAGAGAUUAUGUGCUUGAACAAGGGAUUUUGAUGCCUCUUCUGCAGUUACUAAGCAAAUCAAUAAGAAUGUCUAUGACCAGGAAUGCUGUAUGGACUCUAUCUAACCUCUGUAGAGGAAAAAAUCCACCUCCUAAAUUUGAACAGAUAUCACCUUCCUUGCCAGUUCUAUCAAGGUUACUCUUCCACUGUGAUGCUGAUGUCUUAUCUGAUGCUUGUUGGGCUCUGUCUUACAUCUCUGACGGUCCUAAUGAGAAAAUUCAAGCUGUGAUUGAUGCUGGUGUUUGCCGAAGAUUAGUUGAAUUACUCAUGCAUAACAAUCAAAGUGUAGUUUCUGCAGCUCUGAGAGCGGUUGGAAAUAUUGUAACAGGAGAUGACAUACAAACUCAAGUCAUACUGAAUUGCAACGCUCUGCCGUAUUUGCUGCAACUUUUAUCAUCUCCUAAAGAAAAUAUCAGAAAAGAAGCUUGUUGGACGAUAUCUAACAUCACUGCUGGUAAUAGACAGCAGAUACAGGCAAUUAUUGAUGCAAACAUCUUCCCAGUUUUAAUUGAAAUCUUAAGUAAAGCAGAAUUCAAAACAAGAAAAGAAGCUGCAUGGGCAAUAGCUAAUGCCACAUCUGGAGGAUCACCAGAACAAGUGAGAUACUUAGUUGAACAGCAAUGUAUACCACCUUUAUGUGAAUUGUUGACAGUGUUAGAUACAAAGAUUAUCCAGGUUGCACUAAAUGGCCUUGAAAAUAUAUUGAGGUUGGGAGAACAAGAUGCAAAAGCACAGGGCACUGUCAACCCUUAUGCAGUGAUGAUUGAAGGGUGCUAUGGUUUGGACAAGAUAGAAUUCCUACAAUCACAUGAAAACAUGGAAAUCUACCAGAAAGCUUUUGACAUGAUAGAGCAUUAUUUCGGCCUGGAUGAAGAAGAUUCACAUCUAGCUCCUCAAGUUGAUCCAGCUAAUCAACAGUUUCAGUUCAAUGCUCCAGAUCAAAAUAUGCCCAUGGGAGGCUAUAGCUUUUAAAAUUAUUAAAUUAAUUUCAUAUUAAAUUAUAAAAAGAAACUGCUGUAGCGAAAUUUCUUUAAUUCAAUCAUUUGCUGAAACAUAUGUUUUAUUACUCUCUGAGAAACUUACAGUAUGAACAUGUCAGUCUCAAACCAAAAAGAAAUAACUCAGCUUCUUUUAUGAUGAUCAGUUUUUAUAAUGCCAGGAAAGCUUUUCGUUGAGGAAUAAUAGAGUUCCGAUUGUUGAGGAAAUAUGAGAGUUAUGAAAUCCACAUUGACUUUAUUUUCUUUGUAAAAAUGACUAUGAUGACAUUCUCUUUUUUUUUUUUCAAGUGAAUCUUUUUCUUGGCGUUUAAUGUGAUAUUAUAUUAAAACAUUUUUGUUGUCUAACAAAUAAAUGUUUAAUUUAAAUGGCUAAAAACGUGUAUAUACUUUAUCAAUUUGCCCUCGGUGGUAAGUUGAGAUAACCAAAUAAAAUAAACUUUAAAAUGAUAGUAUCAAUAUAUAUAAGUUUACUAAAUAAAAUCAACUUGAAAUUGGUUAUGCCAGUUCAGUUAUUAUAUAAUAAAAUAAGCUUUAAAUUGAUUUUGUCAAUUUUAGUUUAUACGAAUAAAGUAAGCUUCAAAUUGGUAAUGUCAAUUUUAAUUCAGAUUAAUGAAAUAUGUAAGCUAUAAAUUUGUAACUUUUUAAUUGUUAGUACUAAUUCACAAAUUUACAUAAUUAGCUUUGAAUAAUUGGCUAGACCUACUUGCAAAUAUAAGUUCAAGUAUAUAAAGGAAGUACGCUUUGAAUUAGCUACUUAUUAUUUGAUUACACCUACUUGUGUAUGAUACACAUAUAAAUAAAACUUCUUUAAUAAUUUAAAAGAUUUUGAAAAAAGAAAGUUUUCACCUUAAAGAUUUGCUCUGAAGACUACUUUAGGAACAUAAUACUGUCCAUUUAUAAAGGCAACAUAAUUUUAAUAACAAUGCCUCAAAGCCUAAGCUCAGUAAAGACUAUCACUAAUAAUAUAACCUGAUUUUUUUUAAUAGAUAUGCUUGAAUUUUAAUUUUUAUACUAAAAUUGUGUUUUAUUUUUAAACCUCUGUGCAUAUAUAUUUAAAUUUUUUGAAAUGAUUGGGUAGAUAGUUGCUGGAAACUCCAUUAUAAUUUUUCUGUUCUAUUUCUAAAUGUUUCUGUGUAUUUUAUUUUGUUUCAAUUUGAGAAGAUUUUUUAACUUUUUCUGUGAUGUUGUAUAUAUGGAAUUUAUUGUAUUUGUAUUGUAAAUUACAGAAGUUUUUGCUUCAUUCCGGUCUAUAAUUAUUGUAGCAACCGGUUUGAUCAAUGGGAAUAUCUUUAUAAAUUGUGCAGAAAACUAGGGAUGCAUUCAUCGAUUCAUUCUAAGUUGAGAUUUAGGAAACGCUUUGUAUGCUAUUCUGCGUCGAUAAAGAAAAUAAAGAAAGAUGUUAAAAUUUUGUGGUUUGGUAUUUAAAAAAAACAUUCAGUAUGCGGUUUGCCUCUUAGGAAUUAGUAUAAGAAUUAUACCUCCACCACAAGCAAUAAAACAGGCAAAAAAUAACACAAUAUUUUGGAUCAUUUAAGGUUUUAUAAUUUUGUAUCUUUUUUGAAAAUAAUUUAAUUCUGGUAAAAAAAUUUCUGGGUGAGAUCAAUUAAAAAAAAGUAACAAUUUCUAACUAUGUGUCUUUUCUAAAAACAAUGUAUUUUUCAGUUCAAAUCAAAAUUUAGUUCUUUUUUUUUUCCUUGCAGAAAAAGAUCUAAAAUUUGGAAAUACAAAGUUUUUUUAUUUUUUUAAUAGUUACGUCUUUUGUUUGUUGAAGACUGUUCAAUUUGGAAUUUUUCACAAGCCUUAUUAUGUUUCCCUUUUCACAGUUAAGAAAAAAUCAUUUUAAUUUUGUCUAAAUUCCAUGAUUCUUAUAUUAUUAUUCAUAAAAGCUUAUUUUUAUUAUUAUUUUUGUCUUUUUUUUCUCUUUUUUUUCCAAAAUUUUAUAUUAGGGUGUCAAAUUUUAUUUACCACCAAUUAUUUACACAAAAUCUCAAAAUAUAUUAAAAAAAUAACAAUUUCUUCAAAAUUUGUUAACCAUUUCUCUAACAACAUUUCUUCACAAGGCAGAAGGCUCUCUUUUUACCAUGUCAGUUUCUUGAAAGUGGCAGAAUAGUAACAAAGUUCAUAGUUCUUGUUUCCUAAAUUUGCUGCGAUUAUUUUUGCUGUGGUUUCUUGCAUGGGAAAAGUCUGCAAGUUCCCAGUGGCAUCCCUGUAGUCUGUGGUUGAGUUACUGUGUGCAGUUAAACUAUUUUCAUAACACAUACACGCACACACAACACUACACAGAUAACAAGGUACACAACAUGAACAUGCUACUUUGACACAACACGAAACACAUAACAGACAAAAUGUCUCACUCUUUUUCUAAAGUUGAUGGAAUAGUCCUUCACAAGAGAUAAAUAUAUUUUAAAUCGAUUAUUUUUGAGAUAAUAAUCAUGCUUAGUCGUAGUAUACAAUGUCCAGUUGGGUUUGUUGUGUCGAAUUUCUGUAAGUUUUUAAUUCUAUUUAAUGUGCUUAGAAACUUGCAAAGUGUUUUAUUUAAAAAGGAAAAAAAAUGUGCAAUUAUAAUUUCUAAUUUAUUCUUUUUGUGUAAUUUUUUCUAUGUUUUGUUUCUAAAGAUAUAGAAAAAUUGUAAAAAAAACUUUUUUUUAUCGUGCAAUUAUAAUCUAUUUAUAAACUAAUCAUUUAUUAAGGUAUCCGACUAGGUUUGGCACUAUACCUUAUUGAAAAUAGCCUUAAUUAAAAUUUUCAGCAGGGAUUCUAACAUAAAUUUAAAGUGAAUUUUAUCAAAUAUUUUUUCAAAAUAAAAGCAAAUUUGAGAAUGUAAACUAAAAUUAUUUAAUGAACCAACAGCUCUACUACAAAUUAUGAUUCAUAAAUAUCUAAAUAAAUUUUUUCUAGAUCAAUUGCAUGAUUAUCCUGUAAUUCUUUUUAUUAUAAUAUGUGUUAGCGUAAAGAGAUUUUCUCAAAAUCAAUGUUUUUCUAGAAAUACAUUUAUAGUAUACAAUCGCUGUUCUGUUUCAUUUGUCAGGAACAACUGCAACUUCGAUUCUAAUGAUCAGAUAACACAAAAUUUAAAAAAAAUUGAGAAAGCUAAUGAACUAAAGUUUAAAUAUAGACUAUGAAAAAAUAGUCGAAAUUGCCGAUUUCCACCCAGUUGGAUACUUUAAAAAUUAUUUUACUCUACCAUUUAAUUAAGUUUUUGACCAGUUUUUUUUAAAUUUAAAUUAUUAUCUGACCUUAGCUAUGUCAACUAACCUUAUUAGUCGCCCCAUGAAACAAUUUUACUGAAAUAUUGUUUGUUAGCAAAUUUACACACAAAAUAGAUUUGUUUUUUAAAACAUUUUUAAGUUUUUUUUUUAUGUUUCAUGCUUUUUUUUUCCUGUGAGGAAGGGCACUCUUAAAUUGAUUAUAUGUGUAGGAAAAUUUCAGUGCAAUCUUACUUCAGAUCAAUUAUAGAGGAUUAAGAAAAUCAGGGGUUGUAAGGGUACGAUAUAACAGUUUGUCAACCAUAUGAAUUUCAAUAAAAAUUUACAUGAAAUUUGGCACUAUACACCCAAGAUAAUUAUACUCCUGUUUUAUGUAAAGCUCUUGGAUGUAUUUAACUUAAAAACUUUUCAUUACAUAUACCACUUCCUGUAUAAAAAUUGCCAAAACAGAUUAGUUGAGUAGCUAUAUUUUCCCCUUGAUCUGGUGGUUUGGUAUUAACUAAUAACCGGUAAAAAAUAAUUUGUAAACAUUAGAAAUUUUAUCUGUUUUACUAUCUUAAAUUUGGCAUAGUAUAAAUAGUAAAUUCUGUGAUUUGUAAAAAAAGUUCUCAGUUCUGUUAAUAUUAUUUUAGUUCUAGGAAUAAGAUCUUUAUUUUAAUUAUAAAAUUACUUGCAUUUACUCGUAUAUUAUUAGUUCUAAUCCACCAUAAGUUUUAAUUUUCAGGAUCACUCACAAAAAGUUCUGAAGUAUGUUCUUAAAAAAUAAUUAUUUAAUUAAGACAAUACAAUGUAGGGAGCUAAACAAACUUUCACAUCCUUUAGACUUUAUAUUCUUGUUAUACUGGUGUAUAAAAACAUGUUAAAUGAAAGUUUUCUAACAUGUACCAAAAUUAACACAUGUGUUUUAAUGUCCUUAUUGCUUUUGUUGAAAAAUUCAAUCAACCCUCUACCUGUGUAUGCAUCAUUUUUGAUUAUUAAAUCCAGUUUUUAAAGAUUA